UCACCUUGACGGUUGAAGCACGUCCAUGGCGGCAUCUGCUGCAGCUCCCGCUUGCUGUUGGUCUCCAUCGGCCGCCUGUGGCGCAGGGGGUGCUGGUGCUGGCGCCUGUGAUGAGAGGGACGGAACGGCACAGGAGUGUUGCUUCAAUGUGUGUGCAGCAUCCUACCAAUUUUAGAUGUUUUACCGUAUUUGGGAAAGUUGAGAGCAGAAGUGUUCUAGUCCUGGGCAGCGGUCCGCUUGAUUUUGAAGGUGGUGGUGGCGGGUAGGGCGCCGCCUGCUCUGGUUUGGGGGGCGGCUCCCUCUGCACAUAGGGGAGAUAAGACAGGCAUACACCAAUUCACGUGGGUAUCUAUCUAUUCAUCGUACCAGGCCCAACGUAGCCGUUGUCUUCGGGAACUUGUCCAGGAGCCACCGGUGGGUGCGCGGGAAUGCCGCAAUGCAGUUUUCCAGCCAUCGGGCAUUCUUGCCUUUGCCACCACCGCUGCCGUCGUUCUUGUCUUCUUCAUUGUCGGGGCUUGCCGAGUCGUCGCGGUGUGACAU